CUUCACCUUCAUGCCCUCUGGUUGACUGAACAUUCUUCUGGUUUUGAUGCUGGUGUGGUGGAUCCCUUGCCCUCUACAUGUUUAGCCUAUAAGAGCAACCCUCAGAAUGGUCAAUCCAUUCCCCUGGAAUGCUGCAUCAUGACCAGACUGCACACUUUUUCAACUCUCUGAAUUAACUGAGUGCUAAAUGGACUUAAAACUGUGCUUAAGGUUAAAGAAAGAGGUCGUGCUGCUUCAACAGUGUCACUUGUUUUGGUUGGUGGCUAUGUUCAUGUGUCAAAUGGGGUGCAUUCCCUUGACUGACACGCACACACUAAAAGGAGCGCCCAGCGUGGACCAAUGACGCAAACGCGAUGCCAUGGACUGGACUGGACAACCCAGUAGCCGCUCCUCAACGCUGGGUCAUCCUGAACUUUCAUAAUCGAUCAACAAUAUUCCUCGUGUGUUUACAAGAAGAGUAUUGAAUUCAUAUUCACCUGUGGCUGCUGCUGGGACUAUAUCCAAAGCAGCAAUAUUUAUAUAACAUUCGCGCAAAACCUUUUCGGAUUAGCCUGCUUCCUACAACAAUCUGAAAUGGCUGUUGCAGAGCUCGUCUCCAAAUGCUUGCAGGCACGCGACAUGGCGUACUGUCCAUACAGCCGGUUCCCGGUGGGGGCAGCAAUCCUGACGUCAGGUGGCACUAUAAUCACAGGUUGCAAUGUAGAGAAUGCUUCCUACGGCCUCACGGUAUGUGCGGAGAGGACAGCUAUCCAGAGAGCUGUGGCAGAGGGACACAGAAGUUUCACAGCCAUUGCUGUCACAUGUGAUAUUAAAGACAGUUUUGUUGGUCCAUGUGGAGCUUGCCGUCAAGUACUCAUGGAGUUUGGAUCAGAAUGGGACAUUUACUUGACCAAGCCGGAUGGAUCUUACAAAAAGACCAGCCUGAAAGAGCUGUUACCCUUUGCUUUUUCACCAGCUCAUUUAAGAGCAGACAUGAUUGUCAAACUAUGAGAAAUAUGUAGACUUUUGAUUCAUUUGUUAUGUACAUACUUUCACGUCCUUACUAUAAGUGAAAACUCUUCUCAGUGGGGCCACUGUAAAAUAUGAAAGUGCCAUUUAAAGUUGUUUCUUUUUUAUAUACAAAUAUAAUCUUGCGUGUUCUAGUGUGACACAUACAGUAUCUGUUAUGUUUGCAGGGUUAAUGUUGGUUCAUGUUUAAGAGUCUGAUAGAAUCAAUGGAAACAUUUUCAGUAUAGCUAUUGUUUUACUUUUAAUACAGAUGUUCUCCUCAAAGGUGUAUAAAAUUAGGUUCACGCCUACAAUUAGCCUAAUAUUGAUUUCAUGGUCAAGCAUUGCAAAUAGUUUGGAAUAAUUCUUAUUGUAUGACUGUUAUGACUACGGGCAACAUUAUUUGAUUAGGAUAUGCCAAGGUUUUUUCUUCUUGUUUCAUGAAAAAAAAAUCAUAUAUAGGCCUAGGACUUGGCCACCUCAUGCUAUUUAUGUCGGCCUAGAUAGCCUAUCAUUUUUUGCUUAAAUAAAUUCUCAA